GACUCCCUGUUUAUUUUUAUAUUCUUUGUGCUCUAUUUUGUGCGGUAAACUCGUAAAGCCUGUGUAUAUGACAUCGCUGUGACAUAUUGGAUGACAACCCCCCUUCUCCUUUGUGGUGGGCAGUGCCUGCUCCCGGCUGGUCUGUAAGCUGUACAAUCCGCUCAGCUGCUCCAGGGAGAAACACACAGUCAGAGACAUCGGGGCUGCCUUACCGUACGCGCUCACCUGGAGGAACGACAACCGGUGCUAAGCAGGUUCUCACAACGACCGAGGGCGACCACAGCCCGGGCACAGCCGCUCCAUACAGGUGCACGGCAGCGUCCAUCCCGGGGCUCUGGAACAUUACAUCUUGACACGAGAACAGGACACCGGAAUAAGGCAAUGGGAAAGCAGAACAGCAAACUCCGUCCAGAGAUGCUGCAAGACUUGCGGGAGAAUACAGAAUUCUCAGAUCACGAGCUGCAGGAGUGGUACAAAGGCUUCUUGAAGGACUGUCCAUCUGGCAUUCUCAAUGUGGAAGAGUUUAAGAAGAUCUAUGCUAACUUCUUCCCAUAUGGAGAUGCCUCUAAGUUUGCGGAGCAUGUAUUUCGUACGUUUGACACAAAUGGUGACGGGACUAUAGAUUUCAGGGAGUUUAUCAUUGCCCUGAGUGUCACCUCGAGGGGAAAACUGGAGCAGAAACUCAAGUGGGCAUUUAGUAUGUAUGACCUAGAUGGCAACGGCUACAUCAGCCGGGAUGAGAUGUUGGAGAUAGUACAGGCAAUUUAUAAGAUGGUUUCUUCUGUAAUGAAAAUGCCAGAAGAUGAGUCCACACCAGAGAAACGCACAGAGAAAAUAUUCCGACAGAUGGACACAAAUAAUGAUGGUAAAUUAUCCUUGGAAGAGUUUAUAAAAGGUGCCAAGAGUGACCCAUCUAUUGUACGGUUACUGCAGUGUGAUCCCAGCACAGCCUCACAGUUCUGAGCCUUGUUGCAGCCUGGGAAACCUACUUUUCUUCCAGUGGCCGUGCCUCGCUUUUGCAUAGCGGCAUGUCCCAGAUACCCUUUGGGCUGUAGAUGGACAUGAAUGCACUGCCAACCAAUCAGCCCAUUUCCUACCCCCCUUAAUUUAUUACUUUAAAUCUUGUAUUAUGUUUUAUUACAUGGAGUAACCAUGAGUUGCAUGGAGAAUUUGGGCACAAGGGAAGGGUGGGGUGGGCAGUUUUAGGUGUGACCUUGGACCAGAGACACCUUGCAAGUUUAGAUUUGCUGUAGAGUAAUGGGUCUUCAGCUGUUCUGCUUUGUGGGAGACAAGGUGGUCUAGUGAAAUGAGCAACGGUGGGUAAUGGAUGCACUAAAAGCAGGGAGUUACUAUGCACGCUACUGAUAUAUAAUAUAUUUAUUAGGGGAAGGGAGGGUAGAUUAUUAGUUUCCUAUCUUGUUUAGAAUUGCACUUUGCUAUGUUUCCUUCCUCUCAAUAGAGGGAGUGUAGUUUAUCUAGUAUCCUUUUGUUAUGGCUAGGUUAUCUGUGAAUUUGAUCCCGCUUCAUUUUUCUACUAAAAGAAUCAGCUCCAUUAAAACAUGCCAGUGUUUUCUGUAAACUCAUUUUGAGGUAUCAAUAAAUAAACAAUAUGCAUUUC